CACAAAACGAGAAUACAGACACCGAGAUCAUAAGCACAACUGCAGUGCUCCCCCGAACCCACCGCCGACACCGAGACAUGCUUCGUUCCUCCCCAACAGUAUCCGAGAUCGAGAUCGCCCCUUCCUUGAACAUUAAUUGGCAGCGCUGGAACAGUAUGGCUUUUCUUCACUAGAGGCCAUGGCGUACACAACGCUUCUGCGCAGCCACACGAAUCUGCGAAGAACGACAUCACAGAUCCUCGUGGCCCCGAGUCACUCCCAACUCACCAACAUCGAGUGUAUCAAUUGAGCAGAAUUCACGAAAUCAAGUCAAAUCCACCAAGAACAACAUGUCUGAGCAGCAGCAGCCAGACGUGCUCAAGGCGCCCACCGAGCCCAAAGCUGAGACUCCUGCGCCAGCUGAGGGAGAGCAGAAGCUGUCGCCUGCCGAGCUAAAGAAGAGAGCCAAAGCAGAGAAGCAGGCGCGAAGAGCAGCAGAGAAGGAAGCGAAGGGAGAGCCCACAGACAACGCAUCGCCAGCAGUGAAUGGUAACGUCAACAGUGGAUCAUCAAAGGCGCCCCAACAAGGCAGUGACGGCAGCCAACAGCAACCGCAGAAGGGAAAGCAGCAGCAGUCACAGCAAAAGGGCCAGCAGAAGCAAGGAGGUCACGAGCGGAAGCCCAGUGGGCAGCUAGCAGGUCAGAUGCCGGUGAGAACGCGCCGAGGCUCGCAAAGCGCGCCAAAGGAGCAGUCGAAGAAGCAGGACUCAAAGAACGUGGAGCUGUUCAGUCACCUGUAUUCGCAGCCCCGACGCACCAACAUCGAUGGUGCCUCGAAAGACGUGCACCCUUCAGUGGUCGCACUUGGCUUUCAGAUCGCUAGCUAUGAGAUCUGCGGAAGUAGCGCCCGUUGUGUAGGUAUGCUCCAUGCCUUCAAGGAUGCCAUCGCAGAGUAUACCACACCAGCAGGAACCUCUCUUGCUCGACACAUGACAGCCCAUCACUUGUCGCCACAAAUCGACUAUCUGAAGUCAUGCCGGCCCAUCUCAGAGUCUAUGGGAAAUGCCAUUCGAUGGCUGAAGAAGCUGAUCGCCGAAGUCGAUCCAAGCACACCUGACUAUGAGGCCAUCGAGUUCCUUUGCGACAGCAUUGACCAGUUCAUCCGCGAGCGGAUCAUGGUCACAGAUCAGGCCAUCUCGGCAUCGGCUUGCAAGCUAAUCAAGGAUGGCUCGGUCGUGCUCACUUACGCAAAAAGCGCCAUCAUCGAGAAGACUAUUCUCAGAGCACACGGAGAAGGCAAAGACUUCCGCGUGGUUUGCGUCGACUCUCGUCCGCUAUUCGAAGGCAAGAAGCUCGCUACCAGCCUCAUGCAUGCCGGUUUGCAGGUCGAGUACGUGCCGUUCUCCGGUCUCAACCGCGCCGUCGCCGAUGCCACAGUCGUACUCCUUGGCGCGCAUAGUAUGCUCUCCAACGGCCGUCUUCAGUCACGCAUCGGCACAGCCGCUGUCGCUAUGGCGGCACACCGAGCCGAUGUUCCUGUCAUUGUGUGCUGCGAGUCAGUCAAGUUUAGCGGGAAAGUUGCACUUGACAGCAUCGUGCUCAACGAGAUCGCCCCCGCGGAGGAACUCCUCUUCCCACAGCCUCCGGCACCUGCGCCAGCUCCUUCAACGACCGGGAAGGGCUCCAAAAACGAAGAUUCGGAUGAGCCAAAGCUCAAGACGCUGAACGACUGGAAGGAGAUUCCAAACCUCCAGAUUCUGAACCUGAUGUACGACGUGACCCCGGCCGAGUACAUUCGCAUGGUCAUCUGCGAGUAUGGAAGCGUUCCGCCCAGCUCGGUCCCUGUCGUGCAUCGGCUUGCGAACGAAGGCGAGUAGCAGCCGCCUGUCGAACUAGCAGAACUCAUGGACCUUGGAGGGAAAAGCACGUGGUCGUUGGACGAUGGUGAAGUCUUGAUCACCCCAGAGAAAACUGGGGACAGCUUUGUGAUGAUACGAAGCCCUAUGGCUCAGAUUCUGAAGAUCAAGUCUAUUGAAGAUCGAGGAUCGGGAGGCUAAUCAUCACGAAUUGAAACAUGACAUGACAGCUUUGUUUUUACGACUAGCGGUCCAGCUUUGUGCGAAAUGAACCUUUGAAAAUUU